AUGGCAGAGCCUACCACUGCGCAUUCGACAAUUAUUGUACAUCAUUUGAACAACUCGCGUUCUCAACGUAUUCUUUGGCUGUUGGAAGAGCUCAAGAUUCCGUACGAGAUUAGAAAAUGGGAUCGUACACCAGAGAUGGUGGCCCCUGCAGAACUGAGACAGAUUCAUCCUCUAGGUGGCUCGCCGAUUAUCGAGGACGGCGACUUGGUUCUUGCCGAGUCAGGUGCUAUCGUUGAGUAUCUUAUCACCAAGUACGGAAAGGGCCGUUUCAAUCCUUCCGAAGCGGGAUGGACAAACAAUCUGUACUACACCCAUUAUGCUGAAGGCACUCUGAUGCCGUAUCUUGUCAAUUUGCUCGUCUUUUCGAUAGUACCGGACCGUGCACCGCUUCUCGUUCGUCCCAUCUUGCGAAUGGCGUUCAAUGGACUAAUUUCUCAAAUGAUCGGGCCGAGGUUAAAGCUGAAUAGCAAGAUGAUUGAGGAGCACCUUGAAAAGAAACCUGGUCGUUUCUUUGCUGGAGGAGAGAAUCUUACGUCUGCAGACUUCCAGAUGGUGUUCCCCCUCGAAGCAUGGCUGAGCCGUGGAUCUGACCUCGCGCCACUGGGGGAGAACACUCGCACAUUUGUUGAAACUAUACAUGCUAGGCCAGCUUAUAAACGGGCCCUGGAAAAGGGAGGAAAAUACGCUUAUGCCUGA